GGCUUCCGCAAAACCUACGGCCGUGCCCUCGGAAAGGUUCUCCUAAUGACUUACGGAACGUACCAAGGCCUUCAAUAUCUAUGGUGGAACCUCGACCUCGACGAGGUACGGAAAGAGAAGCAGGCGGUGAUUGUGAGGUUAGAGGAUGAGGUUGAGAGGGUUAGUGGGGUGAGUGAUCUGCCAAGGUUAAAGUUGGAGGAGAGGAAGUGGUGAUGAGUAAGGGAGGGUUGGACGGGUGUAUGACGAUCAAUGACGACAGCAAGAGGAGCAUGUGUACGAAUAUAGACAUUGCAUUCG